ACACACACCUCUACUGUGUGUAUUCUCAAACCCUAAAAUAAAAUAAAAAUGGUGAAUAAUAAUAAUAAUAAUAGUAGUAAAAAAGUUCCAGAUUGGCUCAACAAUUCCAUGUGGUCAUCUCCACCACCACAACCUAAAUCACCAUCACAGUCUCAAUCUCAAUCUCAACCAGAAUCACAACCGUCGCCGUCGCACGACGAUCGCAAACCGUCUUCGGUUACGUCAUCUGAUUCGCCUGAAUCUCCGCCGUCUCCCGGUUCAAUUAGACCGGCGGAACCGAAUUUGAAAUCCGGUCCGGUUAAUGAUCCGUUGGCUAGUAGUGAUGAUAAUGAAAUUAACACUUCACCUACUACUUCUGUUGAAGACGUUUCUCGCCAGGCACAGCUCUUACAAGAGCUUGCAAGGAAGAUUAUAAAUAUGGGAGAGCUGCGAAGACUUGCUUCACUGGGUAUUCCAGAUGGUGCUGGUAUUCGGUCUACCGUAUGGAAGCUGUUGUUAGCAUAUCUUCCCAGAGAAAAGGCACUUUGGUCAUCCGAAAUGGCCAAGAAGAGGUCUCAGUACAAGAGUUUUAAAGAGGAUCUUUUGAAGAAUCCAUCAGAAGUCAGCAGGGAAUUGGAAGAAUCUACAUCUUCUCAAAAUGGUGAGGGGAAGGGUUUACUCUCGAGGUCAGAGAUACCUGAGGGGGAGCAUCCCCUGAGUCUAGGGAAAACAAGUGUCUGGAAUCAAUUCUUUCAGGACACCGAGAUCAUUGAACAGAUAGACCGUGAUGUGAAGCGAACUCAUCCGGACAUGCACUUUUUCUCUGGUGACUCUGCUUCUGCAAAAUCACAUCAGGAAGCUUUGAAAAGCAUACUGAUUAUAUACGCAAAGCUGAACCCGGGUAUAAGAUAUGUGCAAGGGAUGAAUGAACUUUUGGCUCCCUUGUACUAUGUGUUCAAGAAUGACCCCGAUGAGGAUUAUGCGGUGAAUGCUGAAGCAGACACAUUCUUUUGUUUUGUUGAGGUAUUAAGCAGUUGCCGAGAUAAUUUCUGUAAGCAACUUGACAAUAGUGUCGUUGGCAUCCGUUCAACAAUUUCAAAGCUUUCACAGCUCUUGAAGGAACAUGAUGAAGAGCUAUGGAGACAUCUUGAGCUGACAACAAAAGUCAAUCCACAGUUCUAUGCAUUUAGAUGGAUCACACUUCUAUUGACCCAGGAAUUCAAUUUCGCAGAAAUUCUUCACAUAUGGGACACACUCUUAAGCGACCCAGAAGGUCCUCAGGAAACACUUCUUCGAGUAUGCUGUGCAAUGCUGAUUCUUGUUAGGAGACGUUUGCUUGCAGGUGAUUUUACGGCUAAUCUUAAGUUACUCCAAAGUUAUCCAUCCACAAAUACCAGUCAUUUGCUCUAUGUUGCCAAGAAGCUACGACGUUCUCCUUCAACUACCCGAUGAUUCUUUAACUCUUUCUCAAACUGUUUGUUUUUAAUUAUGUACGUGUUUUGUUCAUUUCGGUUACAUUACUAUUAAUAUCUAAAUUGUCUCUACACUUUUUAGAAUCAUUGAUUUGUACAAUUAUACUUAAACUCCUUUAUAAAUUUUAAUUAGUAAACUGGAUUGUAUUAA